AUGUUGCAUAUAACAGACCCUGCCAAACUUACAGCAAUAGAACUGGCCGAUUAUACACUUGUUGCUGAUUUUCUACAGAAUACUACGUUGUUAACAAGUCUUCUUAGUCAAAUUCUAGAAUUUAAAGAUUAUGAUACACUCCAGGGAUAUCUUCAGAGACUACAAACAUCAGUUUGUCAAAACACAGAAAGUUCUUCCAACAUAUCUUCUUGCAACAGUCUAGAACCACUACACCAACUAAGCAUCCAUAGUCAACAAGAAAUUCUAACUAAAGUUUUUACAGUCUUGCACUAUGAUUGGAGUUUAAAUAAUAUGUCUGGCUGGCUACACAUUUUUGACAUCCUUAUCUCUGACUUCUUUAUCGCUCUAAAUGAAACCCACAUCUCUCAGCUACCUCUCAACAUUUCAUGUGAAAACUAUCAAGCUAUAAUUAGGAGGUUAAGUAGCGUCUACAACAAUAUCAAUAAUAAGGUGGCUACAUCAGUCUAUUCAUAUUGCAAACUAUAUCUUACCCAACAACUCAAAUCAACAGGUAUUGCAUGUGUUUACGGCACAAACAGUAGCAACCAGUGGAUUGAGCUAAAUUUUGGUCAAUUUUCGGCCCUUGCUACAAAUUCAGAACUCCUGGAAUUAUACCCCAAACCUGGAAUUCCUGUUCUUCCAGAAAUACUGACACCAACUUAUGUGGCUGAACUUUUGUCCACAACUGACAUUCUUACAAAUGAAACAAGCCUGAAAACAAUCUUAAUAAGGCUGGAUCCAGUAAAUAUUACAGACUAUGUGAAUGCUUUCUCUACUGCAGCAGAAAAGGGAAAUAUCUCAGAUUCUCAACUAACAACAGUGAACCAAGUUCUAUUGGAAGUAACGCUGAUUAAAAUUAACUCCAGCUAUUCAUCUUAUGAAACACAAGACUGGAAGAUUUUGUUCCAAAACCAGUUGGUCCUCUUACUGCCUUACUUUGACCAAACUCUUCUUCAGCUCUUGCCAGUUGACAUUGAUUGCUCUUCCUACCAGGAAAUAGUGAAAGGAUUUAACAUUGAGUAUGCAAACCUUUCACCGGACACACAAGUUGAUGUCUACAUUAAUUUCAUAAAGAGAUAUUUAACUCAGCAACUUGAACUUGGAGAUGUUGCAUGUGAAACAAUAAAUCUUAACAUUUGGAUUAAUAACAACUUUGGCAAAUUCAGCAUACAGUUAACAACUGAAGACAUUAUACUCUUCAAUAAAAAUUUUGAAAAGAUAACAGACCCUGCCAAACUUACAGCAAUAGAACUGGCCGAUUAUACACUUGUUGCUGAUUUUCUACAGAAUACUACGUUGUUAACAAGUCUUCUUAGUCAAAUUCUAGAAUUCAAAGAUUAUGAUACACUCCAGGGAUAUCUUCAGAGACUACAAACAUCAGUUUGUCAAAACACAGAAAGUUCUUCCAACAUAUCUUCUUGCAACAGUCUAGAACCACUACACCAACUGAGCAUCCAUAGUCAACAAGAUAUUCUAACUAAAGUUUUUACAGUCUUGCACUAUGAUUGGAGUUUAAAUAAUAUGUCUGGCUGGCUACACAUUUUUGACAUCCUUAUCUCUGACUUCUUUAUCGCUCUAAAUGAAACCCACAUCUCUCAGCUACCUCUCAACAUUUCAUGUGAAAACUAUCAAGCUAUAAUUAAGAGGUUAAGUAGCGUCUACAACAAUAUCAAUGAUAAGGUGGCUACAUCAGUCUAUUCAUAUUGCAAACUAUAUCUUACCCAACAACUCAAAUCAACAGGUAUUGCAUGUGUUUACGGCACAAACAGUAGCAACCAGUGGAUUGAGCUAAAUUUUGGUCAAUUUUCGGCCCUUGCUACAAAUUCAGAACUCCUGGAAUUAUAUCCCAAACCUGGAAUUCCUGUUCUUCCAGAAAUACUGACACCAACUUAUGUGGCUGAACUUUUGUCCACAACUGACAUUCUUACAAAUGAUACAAGCCUGAAAACAAUCUUAAUAAGGCUGGAUCCAGUAAAUAUUACAGACUAUGUGAAUGCUUUCUCUACUGCAGCAGAAAAGGGAAAUAUCUCAGAUUCUCAACUAACAACAGUGAACCAAGUUCUAUUGGAAGUAACGCUGAUUAAAAUUAACUCCAGCUAUUCAUCUUAUGAAACACAAGACUGGAAGAUUUUGUUCCAAAACCAGUUGGUCCUCUUACUGCCUUACUUUGACCAAACUCUUCUUCAGCUCUUGCCAGUUGACAUUGAUUGCUCUUCCUACCAGGAAAUAGUGAAAGGAUUUAACAUUGAGUAUGCAAACCUUUCACCGGACACACAAGUUGAUGUCUACAUUAAUUUCAUAAAGAGAUAUUUAACUCAGCAACUUGAACUUGGAGAUGUUGCAUGUGAAACAAUAAAUCUUAACAUUUGGAUUAAUAACAACUUUGGCAAAUUCAGCAUACAGUUAACAACUGAAGACAUUAUACUCUUCAAUAAAAAUGUUGAAAAGAUAACAGACCCUGCCAAACUUACAGCAAUAGAACUGGCCGAUUAUACACUUGUUGCUGAUUUUCUACAGAAUACUACGUUGUUAACAAGUCUUCUUAGUCAAAUUCUAGAAUUCAAAGAUUAUGAUACACUCCAGGGAUAUCUUCAGAGACUACAAACAUCAGUUUGUCAAAACACAGAAAGUUCUUCCAACAUAUCUUCUUGCAACAGUCUAGAACCACUACACCAACUGAGCAUCCAUAGUCAACAAGAAAUUCUAACUAAAGUUUUUACAGUCUUGCACUAUGAUUGGAGUUUAAAUAAUAUGUCUGGCUGGCUACACAUUUUUGACAUCCUUAUCUCUGACUUCUUUAUCGCUCUAAAUGAAACCCACAUCUCUCAGCUACCUCUCAACAUUUCAUGUGAAAACUAUCAAGCUAUAAUUAAGAGGUUAAGUAGCGUCUACAACAAUAUCAAUGAUAAGGUGGCUACAUCAGUCUAUUCAUAUUGCAAACUAUAUCUUACCCAACAACUCAAAUCAACAGGUAUUGCAUGUGUUUACGGCACAAACAGUAGCAACCAGUGGAUUGAGCUAAAUUUUGGUCAAUUUUCGGCCCUUGCUACAAAUUCAGAACUCCUGGAAUUAUAUCCCAAACCUGGAAUUCCUGUUCUUCCAGAAAUACUGACACCAACUUAUGUGGCUGAACUUUUGUCCACAACUGACAUUCUUACAAAUGAAACAAGCCUGAAAACAAUCUUAAUAAGGCUGGAUCCAGUAAAUAUUACAGACUAUGUGAAUGCUUUCUCUACUGCAGCAGAAAAGGGAAAUAUCUCAGAUUCUCAACUAACAACAGUGAACCAAGUUCUAUUGGAAGUAACGCUGAUUAAAAUUAACUCCAGCUAUUCAUCUUAUGAAACACAAGACUGGAAGAUUUUGUUCCAAAACCAGUUGGUCCUCUUACUUCCUAACUUCAACCAAACUCUUCUUCAGCUCUUGCCAGUUGACAUUAACUGCUCUUCCUACCAGGAAAUAGUGAAAGGAUUUAGCAUUGAGUACACAAAUCUAUCCAUAGAGACACGAGUUGAAGUCUACAAUAAUUUCAUAAAGAGAUAUUUAACUCAGCAAUUACAUUUGGGAGAUGUUGCAUGUGAAUCUACAAAUCUCAACAUCUGGAUUUAUAACAACUUUGGCAACUUUAGUAUUCAAUUAACAACUGAAGACAUUGUUCUCUUCAAUAAGCAAUAUGAAAAGAUAACGAACCCUGCCAAACUUACGGCAACAGAACUGGCCGAUUAUACACUUGUUGCUGAUUCUCUACAGAAUUCUACUUUCUUAAUAAGUCUUCUCAGUCAAAUUCUAGAAUUCAAAGAUUAUGAUACCCUCCAGGGAUAUCUACAGAGACUACAAACUUCAGUUUGUAGAAGCACAGGUCCUUCUUCCAACAUAUCUUCUUGUGAGCCGGUUCAAUCCCUAUCCAAACUGAGCAUUCAUACUCAACAGGAAAUCCUAACUAACGUUUUUACGGUCCUCAGCUAUGAUUGGAGUUUGAACAAUAUGUCUAGCUGGUUACAUAUUUUUGACAUUCUUAUCUCUGACUUCCUUAUCGCUCUAAAUGAAACCCACCUUUCUCAGCUGCCCCUCAACAUUUCAUGUGGAAACUACCAAUCUAUAAUAAAGAAGUUAAGUAAUGUCUAUGAAGAAAUCACUGAUACGGAGGCUGCGUCAGUCUAUUCAUAUUGCAAACUAUAUCUUACCCAGAAAAUCAAAUCCACAGGAUUUGCAUGUGUUUACGGCACGACCAAUAGCAGCCAGUGGAUAGAACUAAAUUUUGGUCAGUUUUCGGUUCUUGCCACGGUUUCACAACUCCUGGAACAAUAUCCCAAACCUGACAUUCCCGUUCUUCCAGAAAUACUGACACCAACUUAUGUGACCAAACUCUUGACCACAACCAACAUUUUUACAAAUGAAACAAGUCUGAAAACAGUCUUAACAAGGCUAAAUCCAGAAAAUAUUACAGAGUAUGUGAAUGCCUUCUCCACUGCAGCAGAAAAGGGAAAUAUCUCAGAUUCUCAACUAACAAUACUGAAGCAAGCUCUAUUGGAAUUAACGCUGAUUAAACUUAACUCCAGUUAUUCAUCUUAUGAAACACAAGACUGGAAGAUUUUGUUCCAAAACCAGUUGGUCCUCUUACUUCCUAACUUCAACCAAACUCUUCUUCAGCUCUUGCCAGUUGACAUUAACUGCUCUUCCUACCAGGAAAUAGUGAAAGGAUUUAGCAUUGAGUACACAAAUCUAUCCAUAGAGACACGAGUUGAAGUCUACAAUAAUUUCAUAAAGAGAUAUUUAACUCAGCAAUUACAUUUGGGAGAUGUUGCAUGUGAAUCUACAAAUCUCAACAUCUGGAUUUAUAACAACUUUGGCAACUUUAGUAUUCAAUUAACAACUGAAGACAUUGUUCUCUUCAAUAAGCAAUAUGAAAAGAUAACGAACCCUGCCAAACUUACGGCAACAGAACUGGCCGAUUAUACACUUGUUGCUGAUUCUCUACAGAAUUCUACUUUCUUAAUAAGUCUUCUCAGUCAAAUUCUAGAAUUCAAAGAUUAUGAUACCCUCCAGGGAUAUCUACAGAGACUACAAACUUCAGUUUGUAGAAGCACAGGUCCUUCUUCCAACAUAUCUUCUUGUGAGCCGGUUCAAUCCCUAUCCAAACUGAGCAUUCAUACUCAACAGGAAAUCCUAACUAACGUUUUUACGGUCCUCAGCUAUGAUUGGAGUUUGAACAAUAUGUCUAGCUGGUUACAUAUUUUUGACAUUCUUAUCUCUGACUUCCUUAUCGCUCUAAAUGAAACCCACCUUUCUCAGCUGCCCCUCAACAUUUCAUGUGGAAACUACCAAUCUAUAAUAAAGAAGUUAAGUAAUGUCUAUGAAGAAAUCACUGAUACGGAGGCUGCGUCAGUCUAUUCAUAUUGCAAACUAUAUCUUACCCAGAAAAUCAAAUCCACAGGAUUUGCAUGUGUUUACGGCACGACCAAUAGCAGCCAGUGGAUAGAACUAAAUUUUGGUCAGUUUUCGGUUCUUGCCACGGUUUCACAACUCCUGGAACAAUAUCCCAAACCUGACAUUCCCGUUCUUCCAGAAAUACUGACACCAACUUAUGUGACCAAACUCUUGACCACAACCAACAUUUUUACAAAUGAAACAAGUCUGAAAACAGUCUUAACAAGGCUAAAUCCAGAAAAUAUUACAGAGUAUGUGAAUGCCUUCUCCACUGCAGCAGAAAAGGGAAAUAUCUCAGAUUCUCAACUAACAAUACUGAAGCAAGCUCUAUUGGAAUUAACGCUGAUUAAACUUAACUCCAGUUAUUCAUCUUAUGAAACACAAGACUGGAAGAUUUUGUUCCAAAACCAGUUGGUCCUCUUACUUCCUAACUUCAACCAAACUCUUCUUCAGCUCUUGCCAGUUGACAUUAACUGCUCUUCCUACCAGGAAAUAGUGAAAGGAUUUAGCAUUGAGUACACAAAUCUAUCCAUAGAGACGCGAGUUGAAGUCUACAAUAAUUUCAUAAAGAGAUAUUUAACUCAGCAAUUACAUUUGGGAGAUGUUGCAUGUGAAUCUACAAAUCUCAACAUCUGGAUUUAUAACAACUUUGGCAACUUUAGUAUUCAAUUAACAACUGAAGACAUUGUUCUCUUCAAUAAUCAAUAUGAAAAGAUAACAAACCCUGCCAAACUUACGGCAACAGAACUGGCCGAUUAUACACUUGUUGCUGAUUCUCUACAGAAUUCUACUUUCUUAAUAAGUCUUCUCAGUCAAAUUCUAGAAUUCAAAGAUUAUGAUACCCUCCAGGGAUAUCUACAGAGACUACAAACUUCAGUUUGUCAAAGCACAGGUCCUUCUUCCAACAUAUCUUCUUGUGAGCCGGUUCAAUCCCUAUCCAAACUGAGCAUUCAUACUCAACAGGAAAUCCUAACUAACGUUUUUACGGUCCUCAGCUAUGAUUGGAGUUUGAACAAUAUGUCUAGCUGGUUACAUAUUUUUGACAUUCUUAUCUCUGACUUCCUUAACGCUCUAAAUGAAACCCACCUUUCUCAGCUGCCGCUCAACAUUUCAUGUGAAAACUACCAAUCUAUAAUAAAGAAGUUAAGUAAUGUCUAUGAAGAAAUCACUGAUACCGAGGCUGCGUCAGUCUAUUCAUAUUGCAAACUAUAUCUUACCCAGAAAAUCAAAUCCACAGGAUUUGCAUGUGUUUACGGCACGACCAAUAGCAGCCAGUGGAUAGAACUAAAUUUUGGUCAGUUUUCGGUUCUUGCCACGGUUUCACAACUCCUGGAACUAUAUCCCAAACCUGACAUUCCCGUUCUUCCAGAAAUACUGACACCAACUUAUGUGACCGAACUCUUGACCACAUCCAACAUUUUUACAAAUGAAACAAGUCUGAAAACAAUCUUAACAAGGCUAAAUCCAGAAAAUAUUACAGAGUAUGUGAAUGCCUUCUCCACUGCAGCAGAAAAGGGAAAUAUCUCAGAAUCGCAACUAACAAUACUGAAGCAAGCUUUAUUGGAAGUAACGCUGAUUAAACUUAACUCCAGUUAUUCAUCUUAUGAAACACAAGACUGGAAGAUUUUGUUCCAAAACCAGUUGGUCCUCUUACUUCCUAACUUCAACCAAACUCUUCUUCAGCUCUUGCCAGUUGACAUUAACUGCUCUUCCUACCAGGAAAUAGUGAAAGGAUUUAGCAUUGAGUACACAAAUCUUUCCAGAGAGAUGCGAGUUGAAGUCUACAAUAAUUUCAUAAAGAGAUAUUUAACUGAGCAGUUACAUUCGGGAGAUGUUGCAUGUGAAUCUAUAAAUCUUAACAUCUGGAUUUAUAACAACUUUGGCAACUUUAGUAUUCAAUUAACAACUGAAGACAUUGUUCUCUUCAAUAAGAAAUAUGAAAAGAUAACAGACCCUGCCAAGCUUACAGCAACAGAACUGGCCGAUUAUACAUUUGUUGCUGAUUCUUUACAAAAUUCUACUUUGGUAACAAGUCUUCUUAGUCAAAUUCUAAAAUUCAAAGAUUAUGAUACACUCCAGGGAUAUCUACAGCAACUACAAAAUUCAGUUUGUCAAAGCACAGAUCCUUCAUCCAACAUAUCUUAUUGUGAGCAGCUUCAAUCAAUAUCCAAACUGACCAUUCAUAUUCAACAGGAAAUUCUAACUAACGUUUUUACAGUCCUCGGCUAUGAUUGGAGUUUAAACAAUAUGACUGGCUGGUUACAAAUUUUUGACAUUCUUGACUCUGACUUCCUUAUUUCUCUAAAUGAAACCCACAUUUCUCAGCUGCCGCUCAACAUUUCAUGUGAAAACUACCAAUCUAUAAUAAAGAAGUUAAGUAAUGUCUACAACAAUAUCACCGAUAAGGAGGCUUCAUCAGUCUUUUCAUAUUGCAUACAAUAUCUUACUCAGCAACUCAAAUUCACAGGUUUUGCGUGUAGUUAUGGCACAAACAAUAGCAACCAGUGGAUUGAACUAAAUUUUGGUCAGUUUUCAAGUCUUGCCACAGUUUUAGAAUUGAAGAUGUUUUUCCAAAAUCAGUUGGUCCCCUUGUUUCCUAACUUUGACCAAACUCUUCUUCAGCUCUUGCCAGUUGACUUUGACUGCUCUUCCUACCAGGAAAUAGUGAAAGGAUUUAGCAUCAAGUAUGCAGAGCUUUCAACAGAGAAACAAGAUGCUGUCUACAGUAAUUUCAUAAAGAGAUACCUAACUCAGCAAUUACAAUCUGCAGUUGUUGCUUGUGAUGCCAUAAAUGUCAACAUUUGGAUUCAAAUUAAUUUGGGGAACUUUAGCAGACAACUAAAAGUUGAAGACCUUGUUCUCUUCAAUAACAAAAUGGAAAAGAUAAUAAACACAUCCAAACUUACUACAACAGAACUCGCAGAUUAUACACUCAUCGCUGAUUCUCUACAAAACUCUACUCUGUCAACCAAUCUUCUCAGUCAAAUUAAAGAAUUUAAAGAUUAUAAUAUGCUCCAGGAAUAUAUACAAGGACUAAAAAAAUCAAUUUGUCAGAACAUAAAUUCAUCUUCAGACACAUCUUCAUGUGAUCAACUUCAACCACUAGUCAAACUGAGCACCCAUACCCAAUGGGAAAUACUAACUAAUGGAUUUAUUGUUCUCGGCUACAAUUGGAGUUUGAGCAAUAUGUCUGGGUGGUUACCCGUUUUUGAUAUCCUCAUCACUGAUUUCAUUAUUGUUCUUGAUGAAACACAUAUUUCUCGGCUCCCUCUCGAAAUUUCAUGUCAAGACUACCAAGCUAUCAUAAAGAGGUUAAGUGGGAUCUUUGACAAAAUUAAUGACAAGACAGCAACAUCAGUCUACGAGUAUGGGAAAUUGUAUCUUACACAACAAUAUGCAGCUACAGGUUAUGCAUGUGAUUCCAGUAUAAACAACAAUACUGAGUGGAUCAAACUGAACUUUGGUAACUUUUCAACCAACGCCACAGCAUCUAAACUAGAAAACUUAUAUUUAGAACUUCACAUUUCUACUCUUCCAGAUAUUUUAACACCAAAUGAAAUGGCUUACCUCCUAACCCAAGUGAACGUUCUUGCAAAUGAGACAAAAUUGACAGCAACUUUAGGAACUAUAGAUCCAGAACAUAUUUUAGACUAUGUGAAUGCCUUCUCUAUUGCAGCAGCAAAGGUUAAUAUAUCUGUCGAACAGAUUGCCACAGUGAAAUACAAUAUGCUUAGGGUUAUACUGGAAAAAAUCAAGUCAAACUUCUCCUCUUACCAGACUGAAAACUGGAAGAACUUGUUUCAGAUAGAAUUAGUUUCUCUGAUUCCUUAUUUUAAUCAAUCUCUUCUUCGUUAUCUCCCAACAUCUGUAACUUGCCCUUCAUAUCAGGAAAUAGUGAAAGGCUUUAAUAUUUUAUAUGGAUCCCUUUCAAAUGAUACAAAAAAAUCGGUUUAUACCUUCUACAUAAAAACAUACCUUACAGAAAAAGCUUUAGCCACAGGAAUAGCCUGUGAGACCACAAAUUUUACAACAUGGGUUGAAGUAAAUUUUGGUAAAUUCUUCCAGGAGGCAUCUACUGGGGAUAUUGCAGAGUUCAACAAGAAUUUCCGUAAGAUUGACACUAGCCUUACAGCAGCACAGCUGGCUGAAUUCACCACAAUAGCAGAGUUAUUAAACAACUUAACUUUGGCUAACAGUAUUCCUAGUUACAUCAGUCGGUUCAAAACCUAUGAAGAGCUGAAUGACUAUCUUUCAAAUAUAAAAACAUCAUUGUGCAAGAUCUUGAAUCUUGGAUUAAACUCAUGUUCUCUGGAAGAUGUCCUAAGCAACACAACCAAAAGAUUGAUUUUAUCCAACUCUAUAGUGGUCCUCAAGCAAGAGUGGAGUCUGAAAAAUGUGUCGCUGUGGCUGGAGGUCUUCAAUAUUCUAGUAGAAACAUUUGUACAGGAAAUAAUAGAAUCUGACAUUAUCGAUCUUCCUAAAAAUAUUUCCUGUGAAACUGCAGAAGGAAUAGUGAAGUCUUUGAAUGGCAGAUAUGAAAAACUAACUUUGGCCAACCAAAAUGCAACAUACAAAUAUCUGUUAGUAUACCAUAAUGAAUCUAAACUCAAAUGUGACACAACUGGAAAUCUUCAAGAUUUUAUUACCAAAUACUUCCUGAAAUUCUCAACCUUACUGAGUGCCACAGAUCUGGUUUCUAUAAUUCCUGAAACAAAGCUCCAAGAGAAACUAAGCACAUUGCCGUCACAUGAUCUGAUUAAUUAUCUACAGUCUAAUGAAAGCAGCAGUUUGUGGGCAGUUUUGCUAUCAAGCUAUACUAAUAUAACUAAAUUGGGAGAAGUAUUAGAUGGUCUGGAGUAUAUUAUGGUUAAUAAGAGCGAUGAGAUUCGAAAGACUCUUUUCACAGCUGUCUGGCAAAAUUUUGUGAAUGCAACAGGUUCUCUCAGUUCUAAUGAGCAAAGUAAAUGGCUUAACUAUCGUCUUACUGAUUACCUACCUUUAUUAACGAAGGCCCAGCUGAAUGUUCCACAAGUUAUAAAUGCAAAUUGCACUUUCUACAUGAACCUAGUAAAAACCCUGACUAUACACUACAGCAAUUAUACUACCAGCACUCUGCAAGAUAUUUAUGAUGUUUUCAAGACAUAUUUACUAAACUCAGAAACAAAACCAAGAUGCUACUCAGAGAGUGGUUCCAGUUCCUGGAUUUUUACAUACCUAGGAGACUACCUUACAUUUUGCAGUGCUGAAGAUCUUAAAUCCUUUACCAAUAAUGAAACUCUGCUUCAGACAUUUUCUCUGGAUGAAGAAAAUCUUAAGUUAGUGACAAGACUGAAUAUAUCAGAGGAUCUUAAGCAGUACUAUGCUGAGUUAUUAGUUGCAAAGAAUCCAUCUAUAUCCCUCAACAGUAUACCACCAAACAUUCUGUGCUAUGCUAUUGAUAAAUUGAGGCUAGACGGAUACAAUGAGAGCCAAGCUCUGAGCCUGCUGGAAAUCCUGAAACAAUGUGGAAAUAACGUUACAAAUGUACUUGCACCUCUGCUUAACUCUGUGAAAAAUAUCACAGCGGAGACAUUUGUGUCACUUGGUCCACUAGCCACAGGACUUCCAUCUUCAGUUAUAUUGCAGAAUGUACCUGGCAAUAUUUUACAAGCUAAUUUGGAAUCACUGUCCAACUAUACCUGGAGUACUUCACAAGCAUCUGCUAUAACGACACAGUUAAUACAAUCUGGUUUUACGUUUAACUACUCAAGUCUUAUAUCUCUCGGAAGCCUUGUUGUUGGUAUCCAAACCAAUGUACUGGAUAAGUUAGAUAACAACGAACUUCUUAAACUAACAGCUAUGCCAAGCUUUGUCAGUUUCAUGGAGCAAGCUCCUUUGACAAUUAAACAGAGAUUUGUGCAGAUGAUCCUAAAAAUCACAUCAGAAAACGUCUUACAGUUAGUACCAGACAGUCUUGCGAGUGAGAUUCCAUCUUCUCAGUUAUUGAGUUCAAAUAUUGAUAUAACUGAGAUAAACAAGAAGCACUGGACACCUCAACAGGCAACAAUAUUUUUCAAGGUGGUGCUGACGAAAAUUCAGAAUUACACUCAACUAUCUACAUAUGUCCUUCAAGGCUUUACUGGAGGAGCUACCAAGAACAUAACUGAUGAUAGCUUUACAAGCCUAAUUCAAUCAAUGAAAUCCAAAUCUGUGAAACUGGAUAACAGUCAGCUGAGCUACAUAACUAGACGACUCACAAAAAAUGGUAACCCAGGAGAUUUUGAGAAAUACCCAAGUGAUGUUCUGCUGUAUAUAGGCUCCAGCACCUAUGACAAUUCUCAAAAUUGUAAGAUUUAUUUUAGUCUUGUUGGACAGUCCAAUAUUGAUCUUUUACCCCAAGGAUCUUCAAAAAGAACCUCCCUUCUAAAUAGUGCAAAGGCUUGCUUGAACAUCUCCAGUGAAAACAUUACGAAGGAAAAUCUACAGGUUUUGGGAUCCCUGUCAUGUGAUCUCAGUGACCAAGAAAUUAAUAGUUCUGACCCAUACAUAUUAAACGCCCUACAAUCAUGUUCCUCCUUCACUGCCCAACAGAAAGUAGCCAUAGAGCGGCAGAUUCUACUGAAAUAUGGGCCUGCUAAUACCUGGACAAUCUCUACCCUGACGGGAAUUGGAAAUCUUGCUGGUUCUCUGACGAGUAAUGUCCUUAAUCAGGUCCCAACGACUGUAAGAUUAAGAUUCUUCCCAGAUUACCUGACAACAAUCAAGAAAAAGGAUAAGAUAUCAUUCUCAUUUACUAUGAGCCAGCUGAAAAUGUCAACAACUAGAAUGUACCGAGCAAUAACUUGCGACAACAAGAUUACUACGGACGUGAUUACAAAACAGAAAGAGCUCCUAGUACUCAGCUACACAAGCAGUGAGCUGGAAAACUGCCUGGACGUAGGAGUGGUGAAAGAUAAUCUGGACAUUUUAGGAGGAUUGGAAUUCAGUGAUGAUCAGUUAACAGUAUUAAAGAAGAAGCUGGAUGAGAUUUUCCCAAAUGGCGUAUCAGAGGAAUAUCUUAUGGUUUUAGGCAAUAUUGCAAGAAUGUACACCGCAGAAGAAAUAGCAAAGUGGAAUAUCACCAAGGUGGAUACUUUGGCUACUUUAUUAGAGAAAGCCACAUGGCAGAGCAACGAUUCCAAGGUCAACACUUUAGUUACUCGCUAUCUACUAACGCCUACUGCUAGUUUGGAUGGUACUACACUCACAAGCCUAGCACCGUAUAUCUGCUCCCUAAGUGAAGAACAAAUUAGAGGGAUAAAUGCUAAUGAGAUAAAAUCAAGCACCAAGUCACCUGAUAUAUCAGCCUGUCCACAAAGCAAGAGAACCCUAAUAUUCGAGAAAUACAAAAAUGCAUAUCAGUCCCUGCAAAUGUCACAGAAUGCCUACUUCCAGAUUAUGAAACCUGUAAUAGGUGGGGCAAAAACUGGAGAUUUAGUCCAGUUUGCAGCCGGAUUUCCGGAAAUGGAUAUUGACAUCUUUGCAACACUAAAUCCAGCUGAAGUAAAGAAUGUAACAGCCCAGGACAUAAAAAACCUUCUUGGAGAAAAUCUGCCUGACAUCAUAAAAAUAUCAAACAGUUAUAUUGUUCAGCUUUGGGUGUCAGGAAAUGCACAGACUGAUGUCAAUUCUCUUGGUCUAAACCUUCUGGCUGGUGUCAUAGAGCCGUUACCAAAUGGUUUCAUUUCCAUUGUUAAACCAGUAUCUUCAAAGGGAACAUCACCCAUCCGUGCAACUUCUGUCUUCUUUACAUGUAUGCUAAUGGCUGUAAUUCCCAUUGCCAUAGCUAUCCUGUAACAGUCACCAGAAAACACAUUGGAUUUCAUCAUGGUCAUAAUAUUCACAAAUGUCUUCUUCACAAUGAUUUUUCCUGCAACUGAUAACCAAUUAAGCAUGAAAUGAUAUGCAAUUGUAACAUUCUCACUGCAAAUGGGCAAUAGACAGAACAAACUUUCUAUACCACUAUAUAUCACCUGCUAAUGAUGGAGCUAAUUAUUACACCACAUUACAUUUUAUGAGCAUUAUUAUAUCAGUGACCGAGACUCCAAGCAAGUCUAUGAGAGAACUGAUAAAAUGAUGUGAAAAAACAUAAUUUAAGUAUAAUUCAAUAUGCAUUUGAAUACCCUAGUCAAGUUUAUUCUUCAGCCAGUAUGGUACUUUUUCAUUCUACAAAAAAAAUGUUACUAUUCCAUUCUGCAGCCUAUAUGUUACAGUUUUAUCAUUUAAUCUCUUAAUCUUACACAUAAAUAUGCACAUACACAAAUGACAGCAAAAAAAUCUUACAGAUCUACAGAAUAUAUAAAGCAAUAAUCACAUUUCUUAGUAAAACGUUUCUAUUUUAUCAAACUACUUUGCUUAUUCAGGGAAUAUGACCUAAUACAGUGACAUUUUAGUAUAAUAAUCCCACCUAAUAAUACAGAUCAAAAGGUUAUAAAUUGGAAGAAUUACAGUAUUAUGAAAUUAACACAUUUACUGGUAAACAGAAACAGCACUUAUUUAGUAGGUAAAUAUCCAAUAUAUUGGAAGAGUGGAACAAUUUUAAUAUUUAAAAUAAUAAUGUACAGAUUCUCGUCCUAAACAAAAGGGGUGGAAUUAUAUUUAAACAAAUAUAAAUUUAAUAAAAAAUAAAGCAUUCAUUAUUUUUGUCACAAUUAUGUGUGUCGUUUUAUUCAUACACAAAAAGAAACACUGAAGCUGGGGACAAAUAAUAGUGUAAUUCAGUGGAGGCUCGUCCAUAGGGACAUUUGGGGCAACGCCACACUAAUUUAUUUUGGGACCAAACAAAAAAAUAACAAAAGGGGUGAAAUUAUAUUAAACUCACACUUAAGUUAACUAUGAUUUCUCAAAAUAAAAUUGUAAAUGCAUUUUUUCAGUUAAAAAAAUGCAUAGGAAAUCAGUUACUAUUAGUGAAUUAAACUGUAUAUACAACUCAAAUUUCCAAAAUUUGACCCAAAUACACAAUGAGAAGUGUCAAAAUUAAUUUUGGAAAACAGAUUUCUGAUGUCUGUUUUCUUCCCAGUGGUGCUCAAGAGCACACAAAACCCUUAGCGUGAGGGAUACAUUCUACGGGCCAUAAUUUGGACAUCAGUGGUUUAUCCAGAUUGAGGAAUACGGUCCAUGGGCCAUAAUUUGGAUAUCUGUGGUUUAUCCAUUAUUGCAUUUAACCUAUGGUAAUAAUUAUUGUUCCCCUGCUCUCUGGUUAAACCACUCCUUAUUAAUUUAAUAAAAUAGCUAACAGAUUUGAAAACAACAAAAUGUGGGUUUAUAAAUUAUAUACACAAUUGGGCAUUAUAUGUUAAAAUUAUCAGAAAAAUAUUGUAUUGAUAGCAAUACGUACUUUUGAACCUAGUUCCAAUGUCCUUAUACUCUGAAAAUCAAAACUGUGUAUGUCAGUCAAUUUCAAUUUAUUGAAAUUUCAGUGUUCACACUUUCAUAGACACAUAUAUAAAAAAUGGACAUCAACAAUACUUUAUCAAAGCAGGAAAAAUAUUAAAACGUAGCAGAUGUAAUUUGUUUCAAAAAGCUGGUCAUUUAUUACUGUGCUUAAAAAAAUACAUGCUAGAAUUUUCACAAUAUGAUUUUAAUAGUUUAUGAAGUGUAUACUUUUUAAGAUGGUGUUUCACAAACUUUGCAGUCACUUAGCUACCUCUUCAUAGAAAAGUUCCCUUCUGAAUUGUAUUGUACAGUCAGGAUGUAAAUGUACACUGCUAAUCCAGUUUGGGGUACAUAUAAACUGCAUGAAUUGUGUAUACAGUGUUAGACAUUUCUGUUAAAUUAAAUGGGGAUUUGCACUGGACAGAAAUGCCUUCAUUUUGAUUAUCUCUUGAUAACAAAUAAAUGAUUGAGGUAAACUUAAUGUACUCUAAAUUUGUAAUUCCAUAUUAAAACCAAUGUUUAAGAGUGAAUGUUAUUUAGCAAACUCUGAUAUUUUCAUAAAUGCAUUGAAUAUAUAGAAUAUAAUGAAAAUAUAUUUAAACAAAUAUAAAUUUAAUAAAAAAUAAAGCAUUCAUUAUUUUUGUCACAA